CCAAAAGGAUUCCACGCCAUAUUUGCAAUCACAUUUUCUUUCACAACAGUUUGUUAGUGACGCGUUGAAACAGUUUAAGACACCCUUAUACACUUCAUUUUUAUACCAAAUAAUACACACAACAACUGAAGAAUGGCAGAGGCUGAUUGGAGUGAAGUAACUUACAUUGGUAAAAGACCACCAAAAGCAAGCCAACUUCGUUCAAAACAGGCUAUCAAUGCUGCUCAGAGAUCAGGUGCUGAUGUAGAAACAACUAAAAAAUUUGAUGGAGGUGGAAACAAACAACACUCAAGUAGUAAAAACACAGCCAAACUUGACAGAGAGACUGAGGAACUACAUCAUGAUACAGUUAGUUUGGAUGUGGCCAAACUUAUUAUGCAGGGACGACAGGCAAAGGGAUGGACCCAAAAAGAAUUGGCCACUAAAAUAAAUGAGAAACAACAAAUAAUUAAUGAAUAUGAAUCUGGAAAGGCAAUUCCAAACCAGCAAAUUAUGAAUAAACUCGAAAGACAACUUGGUAUGAAGCUUCGUGGAAGAGACAAAGGCCAGGCUCUUGGUGGAAAGAAGUGACAAAACAAUGCAGAUGUGAUGAACUUUCACAUUGAUAAAAUAAAACUGAUAUUUUUAUUGUUUUUUUUUACAAAUUUUAAACAAAACUACCAUAAUUGCUUUGGAAUAUGGAUAUAUUGCUUAUGACAAGUAGCAGGUGGCAGCAUUGAAAAAUAAAAUAUAUACAAAAAUCAAUUAUGUCUUUUGGCAAAAUAGAUUUGUGCACCAAAUUUUUUUCUAUAAAAUAAGUUAAUAGAGUUCUUGAAAUAUGAAAUUUCUUCCUUUUUUUUUCUUAUAAUCCUUUUAAUAAAAUUCAUUAUUUUAUAUAUAUUAUGUUUUUUUUCCAAUGUGAAAUUUACUAUCAGUAAAUAAGUAAACCAUAUCAAAUGUCAACUAGAAAUUAUUUAAUAUUUAAAAUAUAUGAUAUUACUUAGAUUUUGAUAACUUUUCUAUGAUUGGUGCAUAAUUUUGACUAUGAACAAGUAUUGCAUUUAGAAUAUUGAGGAUUUAGUUUCUGAAAUAUAACUUGAAAAUCAAUAACAGCUGUUUUGUUCUUUGCUAAAGUGUUCAAUAUUUAAAAUGGAGUAUUUAAUGUUUGUUCAUUUUCAGUUUUGAGUUGAGAGGAUUUUUACAAAUAAAAUGUUCUCCAAGUU